AGAGAGAUACCGCGGAGGAAAAGGCAGCGCCGGCCUGGCAGGCCCUCACCAGUGCGCAUGCGUGGCUCUCGGGGACGGGACCAUGGCUGACUCGAGGCUGCUGGUGCCGGAGCUAAACGAGGCAGAGACGAUGGGCGCUGAGGCGGCGCGUUUCGAGGAGCUGCUGCUGCAGGCAUCCAAGGAGCUCCAGCAAGCCCAGACAAGCAGACCAGAAUCAACACAGAUCCAGCCUCAGCCUGGUUUCUGCGUGAAGACCAACUCUUCGGAAGGGAAGGUUUUCAUCAACAUCUGUCACUCUCCCUGCAUCCCUCCUCCGGCUGACGUGACCGAGGAUGAGCUGCUUCAGAUGCUGGAGGAGGACCAAGCCGGGUUUCGCAUCCCCAUGAGUCUGGGAGAGCCUCAUGCUGAACUGGAUGCAAAAGGCCAGGGUUGUACCGCCUACGACGUAGCUGUCAACAGCGACUUCUACCGGAGGAUGCAGAACAGCGAUUUCUUGCGAGAGCUCGUGGUCACCAUCGCCAGGGAGGGCCUUGAGGACAAAUACGGCCUGCAGCUGAAUCCAGAGUGGCGCAUGUUGAAGAACCGGGCUUUCCUCGGCUCCAUCUCCCAGCAAAAUAUCCGGUCCCAACAGCGUCCUCGGAUCCAGGAGCUGGGGGACGUGUACACACCCGACUCCCUCAGACCUGAGGAAGGCCCUGAGAAGCCUCACCUGAACCUUUGGCUGGAAGCCCCUGACCUCCUCUUGGCGGAAAUUGACCUCCCCAAACUGGAUGGAGCUCUGGGGCUGUCGCUGGAGAUUGGAGAGAACCGCCUGGUGAUGGGGGGCCCCCAGCCGCUGUACCGUCUGGAUGCCUACAUCCCCCUGCGGAUCAACUCUGACCAGAGCAAGGCGGCCUUCCAUCGGAAGAGAAGGCAAUUGAUGGUGGCGAUGCCCCUUCUGUCGGUGCCUUCUUGACCGGGUAUCUCCCUAUGCUUCCAAGUGGGGAGAAGAGGCUGGUAGCUUCUUUAAAAUUGAAAUAAAAGAUUUUUGCCUUC